AUGAACCAUGCAAUCGAGUUACAGCGAGCAGGCUGCACGAAGGAUGUCGUCGACGACCGACGUUGCCUCGCUGCGGAGACGCGGCGGAAACUGGAGCGGAGUGUCGGUGACAAACUCGGUAUUGUCGACCUGAGUGGACUUUGCCUUGUAGACGUCGAGUUACUUGAGGUUUGGAGAGAGUUUCGGUGUUUAGAAAAUGAAGUCUGCCCUGACACGCCUCCGUGUCCCGUUUGGUACCUGAACCUUGCCCACAACCGGCUGCAACACUUUCCCAGCUGGCUGAUUGAGGAAGUCGGCGAAACACUUCGCGUACUAGACUUGUCAAAUAAUCAUCUAGCGUCGCCGCUGGAUGGUCUUGAGCUUGCUCGCUUACCUGAGUUGGAAGUCUUGUCGCUGGCACACAAUCCCCAAGUCCAAGCGCUUCCUCAAACGCUGAUCACCGGUUUGGCGUGCACCCAUCCAAUCCGUGUUAUAGACCUCAGCUAUACGGGUUUAAAGCGGAUAAUUGGGCUCUGCUCAAUGCAUACGAGCAACAUCAGGGUAGUUAAACUGGAGUACUGCGAUCUGGAGGAGCUGCCCGACUCCAUUCGUCUCUGGCACCGGUUGUGGAGCCUCGACCUCCGUGGCAAUGCUCGUCUGCGACAGCUGCCACUCGGGAUCCAGGUCAUCGCUCCGUCCUUGCGGCGUUUGGAUGUUGAGGGUUGUGAAUUCAUGGAAAAACCUCUGCCUGCUCGUGUUCGUAGGGCGCUUGGCGGGAAGCACGGCGUGAGGACGCUGGUCGAGUGGCUCGGCGUUCAGGCAUCAUCAUCAUCACCAUCGGACGCAAUGCAGCGAGACGCUUCGUCUUGUGUUUGA